UAGCUGCCAGCCCUGGCCCAUCAUGUAGCUGCAGCACAGCCUUCCCUAACGUUGCAACUGGGGGAAAAAUCACUUUCCAGUCUGUUUUGCAAGGUGUGCAUUUCCAUCUUGAUUCCCUGAAAGUCCAUCUGCUGCAUCGGUCAAGAGAAACUCCACUUGCAUGAAGAUUGCACGCCUGCAGCUUGCAUCUUUGUUGCAAAACUAGCUACAGAAGAGAAGCAAGGCAAAGUCUUUUGUGCUCCCCUCCCCCAUCAAAGGAAAGGGGAAAAUGUCUCAGUCGAAAGGCAGGAAGCGAAACCCUGGCCUUAAAAUUCCAAAAGAAGCAUUUGAACAACCUCAGCCCAGUUCCACGCCACCUCGAGACUUGGACUCUAAAGCUUGCAUUUCUAUUGGAAAUCAGAACUUUGAGGUGAAGGCAGAUGACCUGGAGCCCAUAAUGGAGCUGGGGCGGGGUGCGUACGGGGUGGUGGAGAAGAUGCGACACGUGCCCAGCGGGCAGAUCAUGGCAGUGAAGCGGAUCCGGGCCACAGUAAACAGCCAAGAGCAGAAGAGGCUACUGAUGGAUCUGGAUAUUUCCAUGAGGACAGUGGACUGUCCUUUUACGGUCACCUUUUAUGGCGCACUCUUCCGGGAGGGUGAUGUUUGGAUCUGCAUGGAGCUCAUGGAUACGUCGCUAGAUAAAUUCUACAAACAAGUGAUUGAUAAAGGCCAAACAAUUCCAGAGGACAUCUUAGGGAAAAUAGCAGUUUCUAUUGUAAAAGCGUUAGAACACUUACACAGUAAGCUGUCUGUCAUUCAUCGAGACGUCAAACCUUCCAAUGUGCUGAUCAACGCUCUUGGCCAAGUAAAGAUGUGCGAUUUUGGAAUCAGUGGCUACCUUGUAGACUCUGUCGCCAAAACUAUUGACGCAGGAUGUAAACCGUACAUGGCCCCUGAAAGGAUAAACCCAGAGCUCAAUCAGAAGGGAUACAGUGUAAAGUCUGACAUUUGGAGUCUGGGCAUCACAAUGAUCGAGUUGGCUAUCCUUCGGUUUCCCUACGACUCUUGGGGAACUCCCUUCCAGCAGCUCAAACAGGUGGUAGAGGAGCCCUCGCCACAGCUCCCGGCGGACAGAUUCUCGGAAGAGUUUGUUGACUUUACCUCACAGUGCUUAAAGAAGAAUUCCAAAGAACGGCCAACAUACCCAGAACUUAUGCAACAUCCGUUUUUCACCCUACACGAAUCCAAAGCAACAGACGUGGCAUCUUUUGUAAAACUGAUUCUUGGAGACUAAAGUACCACGGACUCGCUCGGUCGGCCCUCCUGUGGUUUGGAUAUUCUUCAGUUUCAUACUGCUGCUGAGGAGGAAGGAGCGAGCCGCCGACACUGUCAUGGUUUCCAGAUGUUUGUGCGUGUGUAUGCAAAACUUCACACUGUGUGUGUUGUGUUCAAUGUUGUGUCAAUCUAUGAACUGACUCAAACAACAAUUUGAAGAUAGAGAAGACAGGAAUCAUGGCAAAAGACACCCCUCCACCUCUUUUUGUCAGAGUGCUUGUUAUGACUUUCAUAGCUAGGCCAAAUAACGUAACGUAUUCAGGAGCAAGGUGUCCUUGAAAGAAAUGGUGUGUUGAUCUCAUAAGAAAAUGUACAACCAAUAAAAGACAUUUAAAAAAGUG